AAUCGAAGCACUCUCAUUUCGCUCUCGCUCUCUUUGCGUGCUGGUCAUUCACAUCUAAACACCUGCUUUAGUUUUACGCAUAAAACGAGAUGCCAAACUGCCCUCGCUGUGACAAACCCGUCUAUUUCGCCGAACGAGUCACAUCCAUCGGUAAGGACUGGCACAGGCCCUGCCUUCGCUGCGAAAAUGAGGCUUGCAAGAAGACGUUAGCUGCUGGUGGCCACUCAGAGCGUGAUGGCAAGCCAUAUUGCAAUCGUUGCUACGGUGCUUUGUUUGGACCUCGCGGAUAUGGUCACGGUGGUGUUGAAUCACAUACGUUCCAUCACGGUCAGACUGGCAAGGUUUAAGCACGACAUUUUGGUAGAUCGAGUGAAUGUGCCGAACCGUCACGUUGUCACCUACACGUUUCUACCCACCAAAUGAUCUUGAUAUGAGUGUAUGUAUUGCGCUGUGUUACAUAGACAUCUAGUUCUGAUCGCCAUUUUCCCUUCC